AUUUUUUUAAAGAAAGCAAUAGUCUCUUUGUUGAAAUGCAAUACGCAUGAACAGCUUUCUUGGAUGUAUGAAGCUGUUCGAACUUUCUGAAAAAUGGAAAUACGAUGUCUAGCCAGCAUGAUCAGCGCGGACCCCCUUCUCCCCUUGCCAUUGCUCCGCCUCAUGGUCCCCCCACUACGGUUACUUGCAGCUGCCAUGUGGCAAGUGACACAGCAGAGGCAUGUGGAACAUUAUGGGAUGCUAGAGGAGUUUGUUACCACAGUUACAGAGAGUGUUCCAGACCUGCUGAGCUAUCGUCAGAGGGCCCAGUUGAUUCUGGGCCUGAGGGCCAGGCUAAUUUUGGAGCUGUGUCGUGGAGAAAACCCAGCUGAUCAGAAAAGCCUACAGCCCCACCUAGAUCGCAUCCGUGCCCCUCCUGUUAAUGUCAUGAACAGUGAGGCUUGUGAUGAGGAAGUAGAGGAGUCUGAGACCAAUUUUCUGGUGCUUGUCCAGACCCUGUUGAAAGACCCUGCCGAGAGGGAGCACUUUUUUCAGAAUAUCUUCCCAGUGGAAUAUGGCUAUAAAUAUGACAAAUCGUUACAGAGACUUAUGUUGGAUUUCCUGUCCAGAUUGGAGCAGCUCUUACCAGUGCCAGAUCUUACACAGAUGGUGUCUUGGCUUAGCAGCAACCCCUCCAGCUUGGAAGAGUGUUUGCUCUCAGUCCCACUUGCAAACCAAACCAAGACCCUUCUGGGACACCACAGGAACCGUGGUCAUCUGCAUUUCACAGAUUCACUUCCAUCCACCGGUGAUGACUACAUCCUGUCCUCCUUGUCCCUCCCGCCUCUCGUGCGAGUGGUGAUCGCCACAGAGCAGCCUGACUCUGGAGAAGCGUCAGAUUCCAUGUCUGCUGUGGAGGGCCAGAAUAAGGAAGACUUCCUGGACUACCCAGUAGACCUCUCCAAAGACGACAGAGGGAAGCUAAAGGGGAGCGAGACAGCGGAGGGGACAGACGAACGCGGUCCCAAAUGGCUGGGGGACAGCGAAGAAGGAGAUGCCUCCGAAAGUGGGGAGCGUGAAUCGUGGAUACCGAUGACCUCGUGCGGUCGACCCCCACCCCCUCUGAGCCCGGCUCUCUUGGACCUCUCUCUGAAGCGGUCCGCGCCGGGCAUCAGCGAAUGUGGACAGCGCACAUCAGAGGAAAGCACUGUGGCCAAAGCAGACCUGAAGAGGAGUCUGAACGGUCACACGUUUGCAGAGAAGAGGAAAAUGACUGACAGCUCUGACCUGCUCCUUAAACGGCCAGCCGAGUCUCCACAGUCAAGGGAUUGUGAAGAACCCAGCGCGGAAUGUUCAUUCAUCUACUCCUGGGGAGGAUACACGGAUGUUCAGGAUGUGCCCCAGCACCCUACAAAUGAUGUCUCCAAAGUCCCAUGGUCUGAUCAAGAAACCCUCAACUUGAUUGACAUUUGGGGGAAAGACAGCAUCCAGCAAAGCCUGAAGGACUGUGUUCACAACAGACAUAUCUUCAAUGUGAUCUCCAAGAAGAUGUUGGAGCGUGGAUAUCUGAGAACCGCAGAACAAUGCCACACCAGAAUCAAGCGGCUAAAAAUGAGUUUCAAACAGUGCUAUGAAAACAACAUCAAUGGUGGAGACAGGUUGGAGUGUAAAUUUUACGACCAGCUAGAGAGGAUUCUGGUGACUGAGGGAUCCUCCUCAACGUCUGAGGUCUCAUACGACGUUCAAGAGAUCAUAGUUGGAGACCAACCACCAGAGGAUCAGCCAACUAGAGAAGCAUUCGAAGAAGACAAGGAUUUCAAGUUCCUUGGUCACAGUGGUUUGGAAGGGACAAAAAAUAUUCCAUGGACCGAUCAUGAAACUCAGACCCUGAUUACCAUCUGGGGAGAGGAUCGCACACAGAGGGAUUUGAGGGGCAUUCAUCGCAACGGACACAUUUUCUCCAUGAUAUCCAAGAAGAUGUCCCCCUUUGGAUAUAUCAGAACGGCCGAGCAAUGCCAGUCAAGAGUGAAGAGGCUCAAGUUAAGUUUCCGACAGUGCUAUGAGAACAACCAUACUCCCGGGAAGGAGAGAGUUGAAUGCAAAUUCUAUGAUCAACUGGAGAGACUGCUAGUUAAUGAACUACCCUCGUAUGUGGAAGCACUCGGUGCUGAUCAGGACACAGACGCAGAGGCCAAAGACUCUGGAGACCCAGAUAAUGACUUUCCUGUCUACUCCUACCAGGAGAUUGAGGCAGCGGUCAACACCGCAGACGAGCGCAAGAAGGUUCCGUGGUCGGACAGCGAGACGCUGAUCCUGCUGGAGCUGUGGGGGGAGGAGAAGGUGCAGAGGAACCUGCAGCGCUGCCCCCACAACGGCCACAUCUACUCGGAGAUAUCCGAUCGGCUCAACGCCCACGGCUACUUGCGCUCCUCGGAGCAGUGCCACACGCGCAUCAAACGGCUGAAGCUCAGUUAUAGGCAGUGUCGAGAAAGCAUGAGUUCAUCAGAGGCUGAACAUGUGGAGUUUAAGUUCUAUGAUUUGAUGGAAGAGAUCUUGAACAAGUAUCCCUCCUCAAAGAAGGCAACAGUGCAGGACUUCAUCAGUGACACCCAUUCAGAGAAAGGUGAUUCACACGCACCUGGCAGCCACGUGGCCCCUGACAGAUCCGCAUCAGGCUCCUGGUCUGACCUGGAGACCGUGGCGCUUAUCGACAUCUGGGCCCAGGACGAAGUCCAGAGGGGGCUGAAGGGCGUGGUGCACAAUGGCCACGUGUUUUCGGACAUAUCUCAGAAGAUGCACGACCUGGGCUACUCCAAGACCCCAGAGCAGUGCCGUUGGAAAGUGAAGACACUGCGGCAAAAUUUCCGCCAGUGUUACGAAAGGAAGAAAUGUGGGAGAGACAAAGUGGGAUACAAAUUCUAUGAUCAGCUCGAACAAGUUCUUGGCUACGAGGCACUCUCCAUAGAUGUCUUUGAUGAAAAGGAUGAUCAAGAAACAGGAAGUGACAGCAUCAGAUUCACUCCCUGGUCAGAGCCAGAGACUCUGGCCCUCAUCGAGAUCUGGGGCAACAAGGACGUCCAGCAGAGCUUACGGGGCUGCAUCCGAAACGGCCACAUCUUUGCUGAGAUAUCGGAGAAGAUGGCCGCCAUGGGAUUCCCCAAAAGCGCCGAGCAGUGUCACAAAAGAGUGACCAAGCUGCGUAAGACCUACCGGCGCUGUCGCAACAGCAUGAUACACGGUGGAAAACCAGUGCUCUUCAGAUACUACAGGUUCUUGGAGCCAAUUCUGGGCCAUUUAAGUUUCUCAAAUGAUGCGGGAGAUUUGAGCUUUGAGGCAUCUAUGGACACCACAGCAGAUUCUGAUCAAGAAACGGAAUCCCAGCGGGCAGCCAGGAGAGCUGUGGCAGAGUCCAGCCGCAAGAUGCCCUGGUCGGACCGCGAGACCAAGGCCCUGCUGGACAUCUGGGGCGAGGACCGCAUCCAGUACAACCUGCGGGGCUGCCUCAAGAACAAGCACAUCUUCAAGCACAUCUCCAAGAGGCUGGUGGGACAGGGCUUCAUACGGACAGCCGAGCAGUGCCAGACACGAGUGAAGCGGCUCAAGGCCAGGUUCUACCACGAGAAGGAGGAUUGCAAGUUCUAUGAACAACUGGAGCAGAUAUUCCUGAAGGAGAUCUCCAUGAAUAGUUUACCAGAGGAGCCACUGGAUAUGACGGGAGAGCUAGAGUCCUUAACAGAUUCAGAUCCAGAGUCACCGGUCCCUGCUGCCCUUCGACCUCCGGAGGGCCCAAAGCUGCCAUGGAUGGACAGCGAGACGCAGGUCCUGAUCGAUAUCUGGGGGAGCGAUGCCAUCCAGAGCAGUCUGAGGGGCUGCGUGAAGAACAAGCACAUCUUCGCCCAGAUCUCGCACGCCAUGGCGGAGAGGGGCUACGCACGCACGGCCGAGCAGUGCCAGUCCAGGGUGAAGAGGCUGAAGGCCAGCUACCGACAGAGCAGCGAGAGCCACAGGCGUGGAGGAGAACGGAUCGAGUGUAAAUUCUAUGAUCAGCUGGCGAGGAUAUUUGGACAUGAGCUUUCAACAGUAGAUCCCUCGCCCAAUGAGACUGCGGCCAUGGCAGCGGAUGGGGCAGAUGUUGGGCUUGCCCUGGAGAACACAAGCACACAGAAAGACUCACCAGAAGUAGUCCGUCCGGACUUUCCACAGACCACCAGUGAAGCCACCACUCUCCGUGACACCACUGGCCGAGAAGGAGCCCCCGAGGAGGUGAGGAGCCUCUCGUUUCGGACUGCGGACCAGACGCAGCAGGAAGAGGCGGAAAGUGCGCAGGAGGACCACGCAAGCCUGAGACGACCGAGGAGAAGCUUGAGGGAGAUUCGAGCAAACAGCAGCAAAGCACAAUGAAACAUCACCACCCACCCCAGUCAUAGCCCGACAACCUAAGCUGUAGCAACUUAAUGUAGUAGUAACUUUAACAAGAUUCAAAAAAGGCAGUGUCACGUGACUGGCUUGCCAUGAUAAGGUAAUUCCCUGUAUUUAGUUCAUCCAUUAUACCUCUAGAUACACCACAUGCAGUAGAAUAGCUCUAUGUAAGCUGUGGGGAGUCAAAACUCAAUUCUAAUCCGCCUACCCUAAUUAACCGACUAUUCACCGAAGUUUACACAGUGGUUGCAUAAAACCCUGUUCUGCAGUUUGUACACAAUGUGACUAAUACACAGGAAAUGAAUGUGUAUCACCCAAUUCUCCCUGCUAUUCAGAGCUCAGUAGUGACUUAGUUGGUUACACCAUACUUCAAAUGGUGAAGAGAGACAAUGGAACUUGUCUGGGGUGAUAAGUCUGAACUUCAACCAGAGUGCCUAAUUUACUCAGAGUUCCUUAGCCUUCUGAUAGCAGGAAAGCCCUUUUAACAGUAUACUACAUACCACAUUCUUGCACCAACACGACCUUGUGAAUAUUGUUGUGUCUUACACAUUAUGUGACUACUACUCAAACUCUUAGUGAGGUACUGUAGACGUGAAGGACUGUACUGUUUAUAAGGCAGAAAUAACCCCCAGAGUUCAGUCUAUUAGUCUAGUAGUCUUAGUCUAGUAGGUGUGUGUGGAGAAAAGUUGAAAAGUUGUUUCCUCUUCUGUGUCUUCUUUGAAGCCAAGAAUACACGUUCAUGAAGAUGAUGUUGCCACAAGAGCUCUCAGCUUUCUGGUCUGGGUUCAUGCCUUGUAACAUCUCUUGCCUUGACUUUAUUUUAGACUGUUGAUCUAUAUUUAUUUCCAAAACUCCUAAAAGGAGUUGUGACACAUGAAUGUAUUUAUGUUCUUUAAAAUGUACAUCCGUCAAAGAACUUUCUUUGUCAGUUUUAUACUGACAUUAAAUUCCUGUUAGUCCUGUACACACAUGUUUGUAUUUGUAUC